AGGAAAGAGCAAGAAUCUAGAGAGAGAAUCUGCGUAAAACGUAGAAAUGUCUUUCUUCGAUACAUUCAGCAAUGACGGUGAACCAGCUCCCAAUGGAUCUUCUGCUCGUACAUUCGACGACGACGAUGGUUAUCCCGGCUAUGAUCCUCAUCCUACUUCUAAGAGCUUUGACCAAACUUACUCCACCGAUGACUAUGUCGGCGAUUAUGAGGAGGUGAUUGUGGAUCAGAUACCGGUGAACGGUUCUGACGUAUUAGGAUUCCGGCCAGAUCCGAACACCGACGACUACUCACAUCAAUCACCAUUCGAUUCGCCUGUUCCGAUUUCCAAUGGCAAUGGUACUAAAGCGUAUAAUAUUAGUGACGAUCCCGAUGGUUUCUUCACUUCUGAUGGUCCUGUUCUGCCGCCUCCUGACGGCAUGCUGCUCGAGGAAGGAUUUGCUUUUCGCGAAUGGCGCAGGCAAAAUGCUAUCAUGCUUGAGGAGAAGGAAAAUGGGGAGAAAGAGUUGCGCAUUCAGAUUAUCAAAGAAGCUGAAGAAUACAUACAUGGUUUUUACGAGAAACGAAAGCUGAACAUACAUACUAACAAGAAUUCAAAUCGAGAAAAAGAAAAGCUAUACUUGGAUAAUCAAGAGAAGUUCCACAAAGAAGCAGAUAAACAAUACUGGAAAGCAAUAGCAGAUUUCAUUCCUCAUGAGGUUCCCAAUAUUGAGAGAAAGAGAGGCAAGAAGGAGAAAGAGAACAUACCCGGAAAUGGAAUCAGCAUUGUCCAAGGACCUAAACCAGGGAAGCCAACUGAGCUCUCGAGAAUGCGUCAGAUUUUAGUGAAAUUGAAACACUCUCCUCCACCUCAUAUGAUUCCUCCACCACCUGCACCCAUAAAAGAUGCGAAAAAUGGAAAGGUUAACGAAAAAAAACCUAAUGAGCCGCCAGUUGCUGCCAAUGGUGGUGCUGUCUCAAAUGGUUCUGCCCCUGAACAAGAUAUUACUGCUCCAGCAGCCAGUUAGCUUGAAGAGCUUGAUUGAUUUCACACCACAAGGUAUUUUUCUUUCUUCCCCUAAUAUUUUUGUAUUUUUUAUCAUUGAUCGAAAAAAAACUAUAUGGUGUUUUUAUGAGUUUGUUACCAAUCAAUCCAUCUUGUCCUUUUGAUUAUGAAAUUAUGAUUAUUUGUUAUUCAUUGAAUUCAUUUUUUUAUGUAUGCUCAUCAGAACUGAGAUUUUUCAUGUAAUGGUAUUGCAAUAUACUGUCUCAAUGUUUUCCUUA